AUGGCGUCGGGAGAUACAAAGACAAGCCUCAAGAAUGCCUACCCCUCUGCCAAGAGGCUGUCCCUGCAGGAGGAGGAAGAGGCUGAGGACUACUGCACCCCUGGUGCCUUCGAGCUGGAGCGCCUCUUCUGGAAGGGCAGUCCCCAGUACACGCAUGUCAACGAGGUCUGGCCCAGGCUCCACAUCGGUGAUGAGGCCACAGCACUGGACCGCUAUGGGCUGCAGAAAGCAGGCUUCACCCAUGUGCUGAACGCUGCGCACGGCCGCUGGAAUGUGAACACUGGGCCAGACUACUACCGCGACAUGGCCAUCGAGUACCAUGGCGUCGAGGCCGACGACGUGCCCAGCUUCGACCUCAGCGUCUUCUUCCACUCGGCUGCCGCCUUCAUUGAUUCGGCGCUCCUAGACGACCACAGUAAGAUCCUGGUUCACUGUGCCAUGGGCCGAAGCCGGUCAGCAACCCUGGUCCUGGCCUACCUGAUGAUCCACAAGAACAUGACCUUGGUGGAUGCCAUCCAACAAGUGGCUAAGAAGCGCUGUGUUCUGCCCAACCGGGGCUUCCUGAAGCAGCUCCGGGAGCUGGACAAGCAGCUGGUGAAGCAGCGACGACAGGCUGAGCCAGGGGACUGUGAGCUGGGGUGGUAGGGCCCUCGGAGAGAGAUCAGAGCCCCUGGCACCCAGAGCAGGAGGCUGAUGGGUGCCU